GAAAGUCUUGAAACUGAACACAAACCGUCGGACUGAUGCAGCGAUGGCGGCCGUGGUGCUGCUCCUGCUCUCAGUCUGUGAAUGUGACAGCAGCAGGGUCAAAGGUCACACGGGUCAGGAGAUCACUCUGCCCUGUAAGUAUGACAGGAAAUACUACGGCGCUCUGUCAGCGUGCUGGCAGCGAGGAGAACUACCAACCAGCGGCUGCUCCAAUCAGCUGAUCUUCACAGAUGGACUCAGAGUGGAAACCAGAGCUUCCAGCAGGUAUCAGCUGCUGGGCCGACUGGAGGACGGAGACGUGUCUCUGACCAUAAAGAGCCUGACAGAGGGAGACGCUGGACGAUACGGCUGCAAGGUGGAGAUACCCGGCUGUUCAACGAUAUGAAGCAUCACAUCGAUCUGACUGUUGCUGACGACCUGAGCAUCACCACAGGUGAGAAUCCCUUC